AUGGCUCCCACAUACGAGUCUUUAUCCCAAUCCUUGAGGAGGAGCAUUAACUGCUUAGUAGAUGGGGACAGGCGACUGAGGACGGAGGGGAUCAUAACGAUAAAAAAGGGCAUAGAGACGGCUGUUUAUCAAGAAAUCGAUAAGGAGGGUUUGACUUAUGAUCAGGCCAAGAUGCGCUACCAGCUGUAUCGCGGUUGUACUAUGAGGACCUCUAUAAGCCAUUGA